GCUCUGGCUGGUGUUAUGUUGUUGCUCAGAUUACUGGCUGAUUUCAUUGAUUCCGGCAGCAGUAUUGUCUGGUCCCACGUCCUAUUUCUCUAUCAGUUAUACAAUCAGACUUUGAAUUUUAGCCCACGACAGUUCUAAUCUCCAUUCCUUUAUUUUCCGCAGAACACAGGUUAUUAGCUCGAUCGCAAUGCUAACUAUACAGAGGUCUUCAUAAAUACCGAGCAUCGAGAAUUACUGCUUACUGCAGUACCAGAAAUCUGUUUGAUGGAUCUCGGUCCAAAUAAUUUUACUUCGCAACAGCAAAAUAUUGAUUCUGGUGCCUUUGUCAUCAAGCGGGACCCUGAGAAAACGUUCGCCUUAGUGGAAGCGACAGCAACUGCCAGUGCUUUGGCAGAUAUAUCAGCUAUAAUAUCACAACAAUUUACCAGUCAAAGCGAUAACUCUGAAGAUGGAGCUAAUCGUGACCCAGAUCAUCCAUGUUGGGACUAUAUGCAUAAAUCUGAUGAUCUUGAUUCUAUGGUUUGUCGUGUCUGCACACAGUUGUUCAAACCCAUCGAUGUUCAAAAAGCUAUGGAGCAUUUUAUAAGUUGUCAUCCUCAGAUCGCAACCGAGCUCGAACAGUCAUGGCAGAUGAAAUUACAGCUGAAAUCAUCAGUUAAUCGAUCAGCUGAUGAGCCGUUAUCGUCCAAAGAAGGUUCUGAAAGACGAGGCGGACAUGGAACUGAACAUCCAUGUUGGCGUUAUUUCACCCGUAAUCGAAAAAGCGCUGAUUGUAGAAUGUGCGGCACACAUGUUGCGUACGCGUGCUCUGGAAAUUUGAUGAGGCAUCUGAGAUCAAGGCAUAUCUCUGAAUCUGUAAUUACUCAAAAAGAAUGGGAGGAAAUUCAGAAAAGAAAAAAACAGCUGUGUGAACUAAGAAUGAUGGCUACUGCAAAUGCUUGUGGUUCGGAAGAACAGCCUCAUUCAAACGCCGUUUCAUAUGCUUAUGUUGAUGAGGAACAAGAUGGAAGUAUGGCCGGGGCUGGGGAAGAGUAUGAUGGAAUUGUUGAAAAUGAUGAGCAGAGGUACAGGAAAGAAAGCAGUGUUUCCUCAUCAGCUGCAAGUGAUGUAAAAGUGAACGGUGGCAAUGAUACUGCUGCCAGAAAUGCACAGUCAUUUGCUGGCGCGCACACAUCUUUUGAAGGAAUAUCUCCGAAACACCAGCAAAAUUCCGGUCCUCUGGCUGGUGGUGGUCGUUCUCGGGCUCUCAGUACUGGAAAAAAUGCAGCUUUUCAGAAGCGUAUAAAUUCUUUUGUUAACGGACUCGCGGAAGAAUUGUCGUCAUUUCCAAUGCAGAAGUCAUUGGUCUGCAUGCGACGAAUCAGAAAAUUCAUGGAUGAGCAGCUGCUCGAAUUGGACGAAGUUACUCAAAUUUUCGAAGAUGAUGCUGGUAUAUCAUGACAAUUUAAAGGCAUUUUUUGUUCCAUUUGAAAACGUUAUUGCUUUUAUGAUAAAGGGAAGCGCAACUAUAAUCAAAGUAGAUAAUUGUUAUGUAUCCUUUAUAUCAGCUUUACAUUAUCUUUUGUAUUACACUGAAUGGCUGAUCUCAAAUAUUGUUAUGAUAUUUCAUGUAUGAAUGAUUGAUAUCUAAGGAUCUUUUGACGCUAUCAUUUUGGCAUCUAAAUUUAGAAAACCUUGACUUAGAAGACAGAACACGUAUAUAGUCGACAAUAUGCUAAGUUUCUAGAAAUUUAUAAAAUAUGCAACAUUUUAUAGAAUGUCAAGAUGAUAUUUGAAUUCUCGUUGAGACUAUUACAGACCAUAUGGCUGAAUAUUGAUAAAUUUUGGCUAGUUUGCCAUUAGUU